UCUGUGUGUCUAGUAGCACAUAAAAAUUGCUAACACCUUAGGUACCGGAAGGACUGGAGGAGGCAUUUUAUCCUUUGUGAAAUUUUCUUACAGUAAAUAUAUAGAUUUCAAGAUUUUAGUGUUUUGACUAUCUGACCAUAUUCAGAUAUAACAUUUCAGUUUUUUGAAUAUUUGAUUGUUAACUUGUAAUUUCCGAAUCACAGUGAAAUGCAGACUUUUAAUCUUAAGCCAUUAUUUCCUGACCAAAGUGUUCAAAUUUCACUGUUUCGAAAUGUCACAAACGCAAAGGAACUAAAAGAAUUAACAACUGAAGGAAUUUUACAAGGAUGUUUAAUUGAUGGUUCUUUGAUAUUAGAUUCAUUUCAUAUAUUGACAGCAGUCAAUAAAGCGUUGUAUUAUCAGAAAUUAGGACGUAUGAAAACAAAGUCUCUAUAUUCGGAAAUAUUGUUUAAUUUAUCACCCACAAAUAAAAUUAAUGAAAGUUUGAAGACAUUUGGUAUCAAUGAAAUGACAAAGAAGAUAAUUGCAGUAGUUUUGAAGGAUGACUUGAAUUCCAAAGUAAUCACAGAAUCUGUAAAUGGUGAAAUUGUUGGUUUGGAAAACUUGGAAAAAAUUAUUGAUGUAGAGAGAAUAAAGAAAAUUUAUCGUCUCGAACAAAAUGAAGAAGUAACUGUUGAAGCUGUUGUUACUAGAAUGGCUACUAAAGAUGUGAAAUGAUUGAUGUUGUUUACCCACAGAUUCCAGGAUUCAGUCGGUCAAUACUUGGUACCAUACCAAAAUGUAAUACUCUGUGGAAAUAGCAUUCUUUGUGCUGCUUCUCAUUGAAGAAUGGUAUCAAUAGAAAUAUUGGUCAACGAAUCUAAUGACCAUGCUGAGUUUAGAUCAAUUUCACAAUUAUUUUGUCUCCGCAAGAUUUUUCGUGAUAAUUUGUUACUAGUACUUGAAAUACAUGUUGGCAGAACGCUCUACUCUGGAUCAGAUUCCUCAGCAAUUCUUUCAGUUUUCUUUUCUAUUUAAGAUACUGUCGUUGCUAGUGUUAAUUCCAUAUGGCGAACAAUUAGUUUUCUAGUGCAUGCAUAUAAAUAGUCGAAAUUUGUUGUAGUUGAUUUCACAAUAUUUUAUCGUUAUUAAACAUUGACAACAACAUCUGCUUAAUCCUUAUUUAAUUCAACAUCAUGUGCGUUAGAAUUUAAAGACCUAAUUGAUUGCUUAAGGGAUUGCAUAAUGUAAUCUUCUCAAAAUAUCUUUGGUAACAAAAUUUUCACAACUUUUUUAUUUUAUCCUGCCAG